UGCCCCAUCUUGAAUCAUGCUCCCCACAGACCACAGCCACCGGGAAGAUGGGGCAGGCAAGUUUGCUUCUAUCUUAUUAAGAGCUGAGCAGCAUUUCCUGGGCCCCAGGCUUCAUUAGCACGUUGGUGGUGUUGCUUCCUGUAGCUGACUCUCUGUUUCCAUUCUGGCAAACUGUUUGUUCUCUUCUCUUUGCUUUGGGGGUUGGGGGAAGAUGAGCUUCUCACGGAACCUCUCUCCAGCUUCUCUUUCCCCCGCGGCACCCCUCAUGCUCUGACGAGGCAGGGAACCCGGCUUCUCCCUGAGCAGCUGUGCUGGGGAGUCCACACCCGGAUGAGCUCUCCCCUCUGGCAUCGAAGACACAUCCAGGUAGAACCAAACCUGUUUUGUAUUUUGGGUCAGCUCAGCCUGACAUUUCAGGAACAGACUCAUGCAAUUAAGGAAGAGCCAGGAAACGGGCAGACAGGCUGGCGAGCUAAUGAUGGUUGAGAGAAGGCUUGGAAGGAGAAGCUGAAGCCAGAGAGGGUCCGGGGAUAAUGGGCAUGACCACGCCGGCCAUCUCAGAGGUCAGAGGGAGGACCUCACAGCCCAGCACUCUACAGGGAACCCUCAGCACCCUGGACAGAGCUAAAGACCAGAACAGCAGCAUCUUUUCUGGGUUUGCGGGACUCCUCUCCAUCCUCCUCGUUGUUGCAGUGUUUUGUGUCCUGUGGAACUGGAAUAAAUGGAAGAAACGGCAAGUUCCUUACCUCCAGGUUACCGUCAUGCCCUUGCUGACUCUGCCUCGACCCAGACAGCGAGCCAAAAACAUUUAUGACCUCUUGCCUCGAAGACAAGAAGAGCGGGGAAGACAUCCUUCAAGGAGUAUCCGUGUUUUCAGUACCGAGAGCCUCCUCUCCAGAACUUCUGACAGCCCUCCCUCUGAUCAUAUGCCCUCCGGAGCAGGCGAUGCCCUCCAAUUGCACAGAACCCACACUCUUGCCAUGGGGUACGCAGUGGGCAUCUAUGACAAUGCCGUUGGUUCCCAGAUGUGUGGGAACCUUGCACCCUCAGCACACUACGUCAAUGUCAGAGCUUCCAGAGACUGCUCGAGCACUUCUUCAGAGGAUUCAAGAGACUACGUCAAUGUCCCCACCGCAAAAGAGAUUGCUGAGAGUUUAGCUUCUACCAACAGCCCUCCUGGGAACCUCUUUGGCCCCCCAAGUGCUGAGGAGCUGGAGUUUACAGAAGAAAGAGAUGAGGGCUGUGGGAAUGCCAGUGACUGUACCAGUUUGGGGGCUCCAGGAACUGAGAGCGGUGAUCCACUCAGCGAUGGGGAAAGGUCUUCUCAGACCUCAAAUGACUACGUCAACAUGGCAGGGUUGGAUCUUGAGGCCACCCAAGGAAAGCAGCCCUGCGGGGCUUUUCGGGGCUGCAGAGAUUAUGAAAAUGUACCACCAGAACCCAAUGAGAACCAGCAGCAAGAGGAGGAAGAAGUGAUAGCCUCAAACUCAGACCAUGAAGAGGGCAUGACAGAUGGUUCGGGAACGCACGUCCCACCUGUCAUGCAGUCUGGGAGUCUCCUGGCUUUAAAGGAUUGUGUGGCCUCUCAGUCAUCUGCACAGAGUGAGAACAGUGAGAUGAAACAUGGAGAAGAGAUGUCAAAUGAGGACUCUCAUGACUACGAGAAUGUGUGAGCUGCCAACGUGGGCAGCAGGGACUCUGAGCAAGGGCCCGACACGCAGCUCCUUCCAGAUGAAUUAGGACCCAGUCACCCAGUUGGGAAGCCACCAUGGUCUAUCCUCCUGGAUCCACAGCCACUACAGGGUCUAGUGAAGACCUCUGACCACCCUUGUACUUCAUCGGGUCCAUUCGAUUAGGUUAAAAGGAGGCUGAAAUGAGUAGAGCGCUAAGAGGAGGACCUCACAGCAGCAGAAGUUUGAGAAAGCCAGAAAGGAAUCCUUCUCAGGCAGGGCGAUGUUAUCUCUCAUACCAGCUUAAUGUUUGCAGAAACUGCCUUUCAGGACUGUUAGGAAGGAGUUCACGUCAUAGCUCAGUGGUUAACGAAUCCAACUAGGAACCAUGAGGUUGCCGGUUUGAUCCCUGGCCUUGCUCAGUGGGUUAGGGAUCUGGCAUGGCCGUGAGCUGUGGUAUAGGUGGUAGAUGUGGCUCGGAUCCUGCGUUACUGUGGCUCUGGCGUAGGCCUGCGGCUGCAGCUCCAAUUAAACCCCUAGACUGGGAACCUCCAUAUGCUGGGGGAGCGGACCAAGAAAUGGCAAAAAGAAAACAAAAACAAAAAACAAACAAAAAAAAGGACUGUUAGGAGGUUAAAAAUGGGACAGUGCCUUAGUGCACCAAAGGACCAUGGAGUAGUCUAAAUCAGUAGCUUCACUGAUAUCAGCAGGCUGCAAAGCAGGAAUACAGAUUAUUUUGAAAUCUAGGCCGAGGCCAAAAAGAAUGAAGUUGGAGUGAGGUAGGAAGCACAGUUUCCUCUUUAAAAUGAAUGUGGACAACCACAUGCUGAAGAAAAUGCAGAAUAGGAACUCUCACUCAUCGCAGAAGGGAUUGCAAGGCAUAAUAUUCACCCUGGAAAACUGGCAGUUUCUUAUAAACAUACACUUAAUAUAUGACCCAUUUAUUACACUAUUAGGUAUUUAUUCAAAUGAAUGGAAAACCUGUGUUCACACAAAAAACCAUACAUGACUGUUUAUGGCAGCUUUAUUCAUAAUUACCAAAACCUAGAAAUAACCUAGAUGUCCUUCAACAGGUGACAGGAUAAACAAGCUGUCCUAUAUUCAUACUCAACAGUAAAAGGGAGGAAAGUAUUGGUUCACUUACCAACAUGGACAAAUAUUAAAUGCAUUUUGCUAACUGAAAGAUGCUAGUCUUAAAAAUCUACAUAUCGAGAAGUCCCCUGGUAGCCUAGUGGUAAGGACUUGGCAUUGUCAUUGCAGUGGCUCAGAUUUCAUCCCUGGCCUGGGAACUCCCACAUGCCAUGGGUGUGGUAAAAACAAAACAAAAACCUACCCUAUAUAUUGCAUAUUACCAUUUAUAUGACACUCUGGAAAAGGCAAUUAACUAUAGGGUAGAAAACAGAUCACUGGUUGGCAGGUUUGGGGAAAGCAGGGGGGUUUACAAAAAUGGAGCUGACAAGGGAAUUUUUAGGAUAAUGGAGCUAUGCUGUAUGAUACUAUGGUGACAGAUACCUGACUGUAUGCAUUUGUCAAAAUACACCUACACAAAAACUGUAUAGCACAAAAACUGACUUUCGUAUGCAAAUUUUUUUUUUUGCUUUUUGGUCUUUUUAGGGCCACACCUGCAGCAUAUGGAGGUUCCCAAGCUAGGGGUCAAAUCGGAGCUGUAGCUGCUGGCCUACACCACAGCCACAGCAACCCCAGAUCCAAGCCGCAUCUGCAACCUACACCACAGCUCAAGGCAACACCCGAUCCUUAACGCACGAGUGAGGCCAGGAAUCAAACUUGUGUCCUCAUGGAUAUUAGCUGCAUUUUCACUGAGUCCCGAUGGGAACUCCUGUAUGCAAAUUUUUAAAAAUUCACUCACAAUAAAAUAUAGAUUGUAAAAAAUGAAUCUAACUAUUUUACAAGUGUAUGACAUAAUCUUACUGAAGGGAGUGGGGGGGAAAUAACCUGUGCUAAUUAUCUUUGGAAAACAGUGUUUUUACUUAAAACUGUAAAUAAAGACACAAAGAACUGAACAAGAAG